AAAGUUUGCAAACAAUUGAUAAAAUCAUUCUUGUGGCAAUGGAUCAGUUAUGCAAUGAAGAGUCUUCUCAAACUAAUGGCAACACAAGUGAUAAUAAAAGGCAUGACGAACACCAAUACUUGGAUCUGAUCCGACAUAUCAUGGAUUGUGGACACAAGAAGUCCGACAGAACGGGAACGGGAACUGUCUCUGUGUUUGGCACUCAAUCCAGAUAUUCGCUAAGAGAUGGAGUCAUACCUCUAUUGACCACAAAACGCGUCUUCUGGAGAGGAGUUCUCGAAGAACUUCUUUGGUUCAUAAGAGGCAGUACUGACGGCAAAGAGUUAUCCAAAGUUGGUGUCAAUAUAUGGGACGCAAACGGGAGCCGAUCUUUCCUCGACUCUUUGGGAUUCACUGACAGACAAGAGGGAGAUUUGGGACCCGUUUAA